AUGUGCUUUGGUAAUGACAAAACUCUGAUUCAACAAGUUGUUGAGUCUGUCACUCAGGAACCUCCAAUAACAAUUGAGGCGACAAAAUCAGUAGUCAGUAACCAGAUAUCCCCUCAGAUAGCACUUUUCUCCUCUCGAGGGCCAAGUUCAGUCUCCCCUGCAAUUCUCAAACCGGAUAUAGCUGCCCCUGGUGUGCAUAUAUUAGCUCAGACUAGCCCGCUAUCUAACAACCAACAUGACAGCGAAGGAUAUGCAUUUAUGUCUGGAACUUCCAUGGCCACUCCUCAUGUAUCUGGAAUUGUAGCAUUACUGAAGGCUCUGCAUUCUGACUGGUCUCCGGCUGCAAUUAGAUCAGCUAUGGUUACAACUGCAUCAACGACUGACGCAACAGGAGGACCUAUAUUAUCCCAAGGGUUCCCACCUAAGAUUGUUGAUCCUUUUGACUAUGGUGGUGGUAUCGUUAACCCUAAUGGAUCAGCAGAUCCCGGGCUUGUCUAUGAUAUGUACAAAGAGGACUACAUCAACUAUUUCUGCGCCAUGGGGUAUGAUGCUCCCAAAAUUUCCAAAAUUGUUGGCCAAGAAAAUGUUAUCAACUGCCCACCUGCAGACCCAGGCUCUCUGUUAAACAUUAAUUUUCCAUCUUUCUCUAUACCUUAUCUAAUGGGGAAUUCAACUUCAGUUACCUUAAAAAGAAAAGUGACCAAUGUAGGACCCUUAUCUUCCACGUACAAGGUUUUGGUCGAGAACCCACCUGGCGUAACAAUUGCAGUAACACCUCCAGUGUUAGUUUUCACCCCCGUGGUUAGGAGAAUCUCAUUCGCUGUCACUGUAUUAUCUAACAAUGAUCACAUUCAACUGCCUGCUGGUGUGUACCAAUUUGGGUCUAUAACUUGGACUGACGGGGAUUAUCAUGUAAGGAGUCCGGUCUCAGUUAGAAGAUCUUCUUAG